CUAGAGAACUGAAAAAGCGAUAACUAUCUAUGACACGUGUUCAUUUUAGAUGCACGAAUAAAAAAUUCACAAUUUAUUUACGUACCACACGUCAUAUAUUGUUGAUGGAUGGAUGCGAGGCGAAUGGACAACAAUAACUAUAAUAAUUUAUAUUUAAGAAGAAAUUUAUAUUCCAUAUUGAAUUAAGUGCAACAACUGUCGUGUUGAGAAAUGAUCGGAAUAUUUGAAAUUACUUUAUGAUGCCACCAUGCACUAUGUUGGUCAUAAAUUGUGCCACGCCCACCUCCCUAAACACUGCGCUCGCCAUGGGUGGAAGUUACUGCCGCACGCGAUCUUCGCCGUGGGCCCUAAGUCCUGCCACACGCGCUCCAGUUCGUGGGCGCCUGAUCCUGCCAUACGCGCUCUACGCCUUGGGCGCGCUAGAUCAUGUCAGACGUGCUCUACACCGUUGGUUCUGUAAUCUGUUCCGCCCACAUGCGCUCUACGACUUGGGCGCUUCGCGCUGUGGGUGGUAGAGCUUGCCACACGCGAUCAACGCCGUGGGCGCUAGGUCCUGCCGCACGCAAUCUACGCCAGGGGCGCUAGAUCCUGCUAGACUUGGUCCAGUUCCGGCUACACGCGCUUUACGCCGUGGGCGCUAGAACCUGCCGCACGCAAUCUUCGCCGUGGGUGCAGCAAGAACCUACCACACGCGAUCAACGCUGUGAUCCGUAGCUCCUGCCGCACGCAAUCUACGCCGUAGGCGCAGUCCUGCCACGGGCUCUAGUCCGUGAGUGCUAGAUACUGCCAUACGCGCUCUACGCAGUUGGUCCUGUUCCGGCACCAAGCUCCACGCCAUGGUCACUGAUCCUGCCACAUGGGCUCUACGCCUGGGGUGCUUCGCGCUGUGAUCGCUAGGUCCUGCCGCACGCAAUCUACGCCGUGGUCGCAGUCUUACCACACGCGCUCCAGGCCGUGAGCGCUAGAUCCUGCCAUACGCGCUCUACUUUGAGGGUGCUAGCUUCGCUUCGAGCGCUCUACGCAGUUGGUCCUGUUUCGCGCCAAGCUCUACGCCAUGGUCACUGAUCCUGCCACAUGCACUCUACGCCUUGGGCGCUAGAUCCUGCUAAACUUGGUCCAGUUCCGGCUAUGUGUAGCCUACGCCGUGGGCGUUAAAACCUGCCGCACGCAAUCUACGACGUGGGUGCAAAGUCCUGCCAAACGCGCUCCAGGCUGUGAGCGCUAAACCUGCCAUACGCGAUCUACUCUGAGGGCGCUAGCUUCACUUCAAGCCACUGAUCCUGCCUUACAACGUUGGUAGCUGAACCGGCCGUGAGUGCUACAUCUUCCACAUAUGCGCCAUAACCAUUGUUACAGCUCCAGGCAACACGCACUCUAAGCCGUUAGUUCCGGAAUAUGCCAUGCGUGCUACGCCAUUGGUCACUUAUCCUGCAACAUGAGCUGAACGCCGUUAGCAGCAGCACCCGCCAUAAAUGCUCCAGUGCGUGUAGUCCAGAUCCUGCCACAUGCGCUCCUCGCCAUUGGCACUGUACCAGCCACAUGCACGUUCUCUAAGCGAUUGUUACAGCCCCAGACUACACGCGCUCUACGCCGUUGGCAGCAGAACCAGAGAUUAAGCGCUCCAAACCGUGAGCUCUAAAUCCUGCCGGACGCUCUCUACGCUGUUGGUCCCAGAUCACACCACACGUGCUCUACUCCGUUGGUACCAGAACUGCCUCGCGCCGUUGGCAGCAGAACAGGCCGUGGGCGCUAGAUCUUGCCACACGCGCUUUAAACUAUUGUUACAGCUUCAGGCAACAUCAGACACACAACAGCACGCUACGCUGUUGGUCACUCAUCUUGCCACAGCGCAGCGUAAACGCCGUUAGCGCAGCACCAGCCAUAGCGUUCAACGCCGUGGGCGCUAGAUCCUGUCACACGCGGUCCUCGUCAUUGGACCUGAACCUACCACACGCACGCUCUCUACGCGAUUCUAACAGCACCAGGCGGCACGCGCUCUUCUACGCCGUUAGCCAACGAUCCUGUCACAAGCGGUCAACGUCGUUGGCAAGCAGAACCAGCCUCAAUCAUCCAGGCUGUGGGCACCAGCUCUGUGCCAGGUUUUGAAAUUGUUUGAAAUGUACCAUAAAAUCUCACGUAUCCUAACACUUCUUGCUCGUACCUAAUUAAUUAUUCUGCAAAUACAAUGUUUUAAUUUUAAAAAUACUAAUGGACUACUAUUCGUUUAGUUUGAAUUUUUGUAAAUGUAAUAAUUUUUGGUUGAACAUUGAACCACCAUAGUAGAUCCAAGCAACACAGCCUUGCGAUUAUGUAACUCACUUUUCGAACUCACACAGCGGUUUUCGCAGUGGCGGUCGCGCUCAAAUCAGUCGUAAAGCAGUCAUUUUACGAUUUGGCAUUCUGAUAAGGAGGGAGCUUGUAGUGUAUUGUUUUUUGAUUUGAGCGCGAAAAGUGAGUUGCAGAAUCGCAAGGCCGACGCUUUAUUGUUGGUUGCUUGCACCCUGUGCAGUGCUUUUUAACCUUCUGCAAGCAACUACGGGAUGUACUACAAGGACUGCUUCACGAUCAUCAGCUUUGAGCUCUUGCAAUUGCGGGGUGCGUCUCGGCUCCUGCGACUACUGUGGCUUCAGGCUCCGGCUACUGCGAGGUUCAUCUAUGAGCUCAUGCGAUGGGUGUUUCUCUUAACUCCGGUGAUUGUGGUUGUGCAUGCUUCAGUGACUGCGGGGCAUGCAUCUCCAGUCUCCGCUGACUGCGGGGUGCAUCUACAGGCUCUGCCGACUGCCAAGUGCAUCUUCAUACUCCGCCGCCGACUGCGGGGUGCAUCUUCAUACUCCGCCGACUGUGGGGUGCAUCUCCAGUCUCCGCUCACUGCGGGGUGCAUCUUCAGACUUCGCCGAAUGCGAGUGCAUCUUCUGGCUUUGCUGACUGCGGGGUGCAUCUUCAUUCUCCGCCGCCGACUGCGGGAUGCAUCUUCAUUCUCCGCCGCCGACUGCGGGGUGCAUCUUCAUUCUCCGCCGCCGACUGCGGGGUGCAUCUUCAUACUCCGCCGACUGUGGGGUGCAUCUUCAUACUCCGCCGACUGUGGGGUGCAUCUCCAGUCUCCGCUCACUGCGGGGUGCAUCUUCAUACUCCGCCGACUGUGGGGUGAAUCUCCAGUCUCCGCUCACUGCGGGGUGCAUCUUCAGGCUUCGCCGAAUGCGGGUGCAUCUUCUGGCUCUGCCAACUGCGGGGUGCAUCUACAGUCUGCCGACUGCGAAGUGCAUCUUCAGGCUUCGCUGACUGCAGGGUGCAUCAUCAUUCUCCGCAGCCGACUGCGGGGUGCAUCUUCAUACUCCGCCGACUGUGGGGUGAAUCUCCAGUCUCCGCUCACUGCGGGGUGCAUCUUCAGGCUUCGCCGAAUGCGGGUGCAUCUUCUGGCUCUGCCAACUGCGGGGUGCAUCUACAGUCUGUGCCGACUGCGAAGUGCAUCUUCAGGCUUCGCUGACUGCAGGGUGCAUCUUCAUUCUCCGCAGCCGACUGCGGGGUGCAUCUUCAUACUCCGCCGACUGUGGGGUGCAUCUCCAGUCUCCGCUCACUGCGGGGUGCAUCUUCAGGCUUCGCUGACUGCGGGGUGCAUCUUCACCGACGAAUGCGGGGUGCAUCUUCAUUCUCCGCUGACUUCGGGGUGCAUCAUCACCGACGAAUGCGGGGUGCAUCUUCAGGCUUCGCUGACUGCGGGGUGCAUCUUCACCGACGAAUGCGGGGUGCAUCUUUAUUCUCCGCUGACUUCGGGGUGCAUCUUCAGGCUUCGCUGACUGCGGGGUGCAUCCUCAGGAUCUGCCGAUCUACGAACACCAGCGACUAUGAGUGCUCCUAAGCACCUGGAAGUGGGGCGUGUAUCUCGAGACUCUACUAAAUCCUGUGACAGUGGAUGCUUCUAUUGAGCUACUGCGACUGUCAUCUUCGAGGACUGGCGACAACGGGUGCAUCCUCGGGCGUCUGCAACUGUAGGACUUCACGAGACUUCAGCGCGUUUGGAGCUCUGCUGAAAGUAAGGGGUUAGCUUCUAGCACUAUCUUUUAUAUUAUUUUGUUUCCGUAACAGUAGAAUGUUAAUGUCCUGUUUAAAGAUACUGAGCAUUCAAGGUGCAAUAAACUGGUUUUAAGCAUCUUAAGACUAAAAGCACUUAUUUUAUAAUGUUUGCAAAUGUCUGCUUUCUUGUAUUGUUGUUUGUGUGCUUGUUGCCAGUCAAAGUAAAAUUUUUGAAUGUAAUGUAUAACAUAUACAUUACAAGAAAAAAUUGUUUUAUGCCGUUUGUCCACAGGCUAUUUAGGUUAACAGUUGUAAAACCCAAGAGUUCAUUGCGUUGCAUAUGGCUGCGAAGUAUAGCAAAACCAGUUUUAUAAUGACUAAAUAUUAUGGGAGUUUAAAAACUGAACGUUUAUGCAUAAUUAUUUUUUAUAUUUUGCGACUAGCUAUACCCAUAUCUGUUUCGCCUACGUGGAUGUUACGUAAGGCACAAAACUUGUUUGUUUUCAGGUAUCCAAACUAUGUUUAAUACAAUAAGGCAUAUUUCUGAGUAAUAUGAUAACAUGGAUCAAUUUAACAGUUUCAUCAGUUGCAAAAAAUAAAAGCAUGGCCAGAAACUAUAACCAUACAGAUGGAGAACAAACAAAAAUAUAAAAUAAAAUCAUAGCUACUAAAAUGUGUAGGUAUUUCAGGCUAACGUAUUCUUUUUCAGCUUAAAAUCUCUUUCAGCUUAUUAGAUAAAAAAGGGCAAAAUGUAAUUUAAACUAUAUACGAGCACAAAUUUAACCAUGUCAAGCAGUAAAUAUAGUACAUGAUGAGCAUAUGAAAAAUCCUUGACGCCUGCAAUUAUUUUGCGAUAACUCGAUUGUGUUAUACUAUAUCCUACACUGAAAAUACCGUCUGAUGUUAAUACAAAAUCUUACAGUUAACCUACACUAAUUUACUAUUGACAAAACAAAUAAAGGAAGUUGGGGAAACAUUUUUAUGUUGAAGAACAAUAUAUGAUGCACCUGGGUGGGUCAGAGAUUAUAUCUCAGAAUAAUGGAUGUGAAAUUUAUUCCUAGCCUAUUCAAGAUUUAAUAUUCCAAAUAAUGAUAAAAAGGUUUUAUCUCAAAGGUCACAAAAUUGUUUACAAAAAUUAUGAGCAAAGACUGAAUAUAAAUUACUCGAGACCAAGAAUUCGGAUUAAUAAAGACGCUGAGGCCACGUAAAAUGUAACAUCGAUACUGAAAACACAGUAGGUAAUGUAAUUUUUUUGUGACAAAGAUAAAGACUGAUUAACAAAUAUAAAAAAAUUUAAGAACCUAACACUAAAGCACCAAGAUAAAGAGCUUUGAACCAAGAUCAAGAGCGAAAAAUCAACAGUGAAGAACCAACGUCAAGAAAUGAAAACAAAGAAUGAACAUGAAGAGCGAAAAACCAACAUGAAGAGUGAAGAACAGACGUCAACAGCGAAGAAUGAACAUGAAGAGCGAAGAACCAACAUGAAGAGCGAAGAACCAACAUGUAGAGCGAAGAACCAACGUGAACAGUGAAUAACCAACGUCAACAGCGAAGAAUGAACAUGAAGAGCGAAGAACCAACGUGAACAGUGAAUAACCAACGUCAACAGCGAAGAAUGAAUAUGAAGAGCGAAGAACUAACAUGAAGAGCGAAGAACCAACAUGAAGAGCGAAGAACCAACAUGAAGAGCGAAGAACCAACAUGAAGAGCGAAGAACCAACAUGAAGAGCGAAUAACCAACAUGAAGAGCGAAGAACCAACAUGAAGAGCGAAGAACCAACAUAAAGAGCGAAGAACCAACAUGAAGAGCGAAGAACCAACAUGAAGAGUGAAAAACCUCGAUUGAAAUUUCACCUAAAAUGGAAAUUAUAAAAAACUAAUUGGGCCAGAACAAGUUCUGUAGUAAGUAAACUUUAAAUCAUAACUAGUAUGAGACUGAAUAACUUAUACGAACACUGAAGAACCAAGACGAAGACUGAAGGAUGAAGAC